AUGCAUUCUGGUUGUGUGGGUGGGACGGUCAACCGAUGCUGUGAAGACUUCGAGCUCAGCAAGAUCACGGCGGACCAAUUCAAGAGCCUGAUUUUCACCUGUGGGCUACGAUCGUCGAAGGACGCAGACAUCCGAACAAGACUCCUAUCCAAGCUUGAGGCUAACGCGGCGGAUGAAUGCACUCUGGAAUCACUCAUCACUGAGUGCCAACGUCUGCAAAACCUCAAGCACGACACGGCCAUGGUGGAACACAAGAAAUCGGUGAGUACAAUCUGCGCAGUCAAGCAGAACAAGCCUCCACCGAUGACACCGAAUUCCAAAGAGAAGAAGAAGACGAAGUCCGAAGGUCCAAAAACACCCUGCUGGCAGUGUGGCGGAAUGCACUACGUCUGGAACUGCACCUACACGAAGCACGUUUGUCAGGACUGCAAGCAAACCGGCCACAAAGAAGGAUAUUGUGGCAGCCACACAUCGAAGGCGGCACUCAAGAAGAAGAAGCACGUGAACGGAAUUUUCUCCAUCAACCAGGUCAGCUGCACUUCUAGACGGAAGUUCCUAACGGUGGAUAUCGACGGGUCUCGAGUCACUCUGCAGUUGGACACCGCGUCCGACAUCACCAUCGUUUCGGAGAAGCAGUGGAAGAAGAACCUGACGCUUUUCAUCUACUUGGUCCACGUUGCCGAUGGUCAAGUCAACGCACUGUUUCAACGCCUUCAAGCCUACGGUUUCGUUCUGAGGGAAGAAAAGUGCAACAUUCUGCAGCUGGAGGUAAAGUAUUUGGCGCACAUCGUUGACGAGAACGGUCUCCGUCCAGACCCAUCCAAGGUGGAAGCCAUUGUCAAGAUGCCACCGCCCAAAGAUGUCACAACUCUACGCUCGUUCCUUGGUGCGGUGAAUUUCUACGCGAAGUUUGUCCCGGAGAUGCACCAACUGUGGCGGCCACUCGACGCGCUGCUGAAGAAGGAUGCCAAAUUCGUUUGGAACAGCGAGUGCCAGAAAUCGUUCAGGCGCUUCAAGGAAACAUCCAUAGUUGCUGCCGACGCCUCGCAGUCCGGAAUCGGUGCCUGCCUUCUACACAGGUUCUCCGAUGGCUCACUCAAAGCUGUUGCACACGCUUCCCGCUCACUCACCCCCGCGGAGGCAAAUUACGGACAGAUCGAGAAGCAAGGUCUUGCACUAGUGUUUGCCGUAACGAAAUUCCAUCGGAUGCUGCUCGGGCGCAAGUUCACCCUCCAGACGGAUCAUCAGCCACUCCUGCGGAUAUUCGGACAAAAGAAGGGUAAACCGGUUCACACGGCCAACCGCCUUCAACGUUGGGCCCUGACGCUUCUGUGCUACAACUUCGACAUCGAGUACGUGUCCACCACGCAGUUUGGAUAUGCCGACGUACUGUCCCGCCUCAUCAACGGUUACGUCAAACCAGAGGAGGACUUCAUCAUCGCAUCGAUUCAACUGGAAGACGACAUCGAGAUUCCACUCCAGGAAGCCAUCAGUUCGCUGCCAGUUACGUUCAAAUCGGUGCGCGGCGCUACUCUCCAGUGCCCGGUUUUCCAACAAGUGAUCCAGUACAACCAGCGUGGAUGGCCCUCCAAAAUCGAUGACAUCGCUAGCCCUGAAGUUCGCCCUUUCUUCGCUCAUCGAGACGCUCUAUCGGUAGUGAAGGUGCGCGUCAUGAUGUCCAACCGUUUGGUAAUUCCGGACAGUUUUCGGCAGCGGAUUAUCAAGCAACUCCACCGAGGACAUCCGGGAAUGGAGCGGAUGAAAGCUAUCGCACGUAGUCACGUGUACUGGCCGAGGAUCGAUGACCACAUUGCUGAUUUUGUGAAGAGAUGUGAAAGCUGUGUCACACAUUCGAAGACACCGUCUAAGGUUCCGCUACAGUCGUGGCCACUCGCUCAAUCUCCCUGGGAGCGUAUCCACAUCGACUUCGCCGGCCCAAUCAACGGUCUGUACUUCCUCAUAGUGGUGGACGCCUUCACCAAGUGGCCGGAAAUUCGCAUCGUUCGAUCCCCGACAACAUCAGCAGUGACCGAGUUCCUCGACGAGCUGUUUGCCCGUUUUGGCGUUCCCAACGUCAUAGUCACCGACAAUGGAACGCAGUUCUCGUCGGAACAGUUCGCGGUUUUGUGCAGGAAGAACGGCAUUCAACAUUUCCGGACAUCGCCGUAUCACCCACAGUCCAAUGGCCAGUCGGAGAGAUUUGUGGACACCCUCAAGAGGUCGUUGCGCAAAAUCAACGAGGGGGAAAGUGUCUCGGAAUCGCUCCAGACGUUCCUCCAGUUCUACCGAACCACUACCAGUCGUGUUCUGAAUGGCAGAACUCCUUCGCAGCUGAUGCUUGGUCGAAUCAAGACGGUUCUCGAUCUCCUGCAUCACCAACAACCGAAGCCAGUGGUUCUCAAUCAACGUCAAGACAAACAGUUCAACCGCAAGCAUGGCGCAACUCCUCGUGGAUUCCGAAAAGGCGACAUGGUCUACGCCAAGGUCUACCGCAGCAACACCAAGUGGCAGUGGGCAUCCGGCGUAAUCAUCGAGGUCAUCGGACGGGUCAACCACAACGUGCUACUGGACGAUUGGCAUGGACGGAAGAAGCUCAUCAGAUCGCACUCCAACCAGCUCAAGCAUCAUUCCAGUGAAGCAACAACCGGCGCAGCAGAUUCCACACCACUGGGUAUCCUGGUGGUUUGGAAUUCAAUCUCCUGGACCAGCAGUACAGUGUAA